GAGCAGGUCAAGGGAACAAAGACUAAACCAACUUGACAGACAUCAGCCAUGGCGCUCGAGGACGAGUCUCCUGUAUCGGUGCAGGAUGGAGGCGGUAGCAACAGCAACAGCAGCGGCAAGCGCAAGAGCGACGAGAGCCAGCAACAGCAGCAGCAACGCGCAAAGCGCAAUCGCUACAUUUCGAUAGCCUGCAACGAAUGCAAGCGACGAAAGAUCAAAUGCAAUGGCCAGACUCCGUGUCAGCGAUGCGGCAACCUCGCUCUUGAUUGCGUAUACGCACCCAACUGCUGCACUUCGAAUUUCAAAGAUACCGAUGAGUACAGGAACAUGUCCAACCAGAUCGCCUCGCUGCAAGACCAAGUCAAUGCCCUCUUCGCCAGCAUGAAUACCCUACGCGCAGACCUCAAUACCCAACAACCACCCAUAGAUCCUUUCCUACAGCACCAAUCUAUCUUGCAGCACGACCAAGUCCCCUCCCCAGAAGCCACUCGCAGAAAGAGCAUGUCAAGAAGGCCGACCUUUAGGGGCCCUACAAGUCUAGAGUUCAACCUAGGUGUGGCCAAGAACCAUUUGGAAAAUAUGGGCAUAGCUCCUGCCGCUCCCGACGACGAUGGCCUACGCGAAGAGUCGCCCAAUGGAGAUGUCUUAGCGACCGCUCCACUGCACGCCAGCAAGGACCCUAUUUGGCAUGUCAAUCGCGAAGAAGCCUUGCGUCUGAUACGCGUCUAUCAAGAUGACAUGCACAUCAUGUACCCUCUCGUCUCCAUCCCCGAACUCACUGCAUAUGUCAAUAAGCUAUAUACCUUCAUGGAAUCCGCUCAGCGCACUGGCCUCAUGAUGAGAGCCUUUCCGGGAGCCGACAGUAUUGACGAUGAAGAGACAAACAUCUUGAAGAUUGUUAUGGCUACUGCAAUGGUCGUCGAAGGCUCUGGACGAAGCGAUCUUGGACGCUCCAUGUAUGCCUACGUGCAACCUUCUAUUGAUGCUCUCUUUCUUGGCGAUACAGGUUUGAGAAGUGUACAGCUGCUUGCACUUGCAGCGACUUAUCAAUUCCAUUGCGACAAUGAAGGCAUCUCAUGGCGUAUCAUAGGACUCACAGCACGCCUUUGUAUCGAAUUAGGUUUACAUCGCAGGGAGACGUACGAUCGGAUGGAGGAAGAGCCACGGACCAUGGCAAUGCUCACCUUUUGGUCCGUCUACUGUCUUGAUAGGAGAUGGAGUUUUGGCACAGGAAUGCCGUUUGCUCUGCAGGAUUCAGACAUCGAUCCCAAUCUACCUAAGCCGGGCGACAAAUCUCUAUACCUUACAGCAAUGAUCGAUCACUUUGCUAUUGCCAGCAAGGUACGGCACUUGAUCUACUCUGACUCUAGCAGGAGGCAGGUCAGCAAAGAGGAUGUAAGCUAUCUCGACUUCCAGAUUGUCAACUGGCAUCGAAGCCUUCCUCGGCAGCUACACUGGGAUCGCGAGUCAUGGGGUCAGAGCGAUACAGAUGUCUCUCCUGGGCAGCAACGACUCCGGAUUAUCCUUUAUCUGCGAGCAAACGUCAUGCGAGUCAUGAUCCAUCGACCAGUGCUGCAUUCGGCGGCGUCUAUAAUGAGUAAUCCCAUCCAAGCGCAGACGGUAGUGGAUAUCGCCAAAGACACGAUUCGUAUCUUGACGCACAUCAACCGAACAAGCAGGAUGUAUCGAGCGUCGCAAAGCUUGUUCAAUGCGUUCCUCACGACUGCUCUGGCAGUUCUGUUCCUUGCAGUAUCACACAUGCCCGACACGUAUGCUGCAGAGGUACGGGAAGAAUUCUACAUGGCACUCGACCUCGUAAGAGGCAUAUCAAAAGGUAGCUGGAUUAGCAAGAGAUUGUGGAAGACUAUUCGGCUGCUCAAAGAGGUCGGACCAAAGCUGGGAUUGAUGACGAGCAACGGGCAGAACGAUCCGAACCAUUCAGCAGCAGUGGCCAUGGCUGGACUCGCAGGACACAAGGUCGAUGAAGGAGCAUUCUUGAACACUGGUAGCUGGAACAACAUGGGAAGUGCAUCUUCCAACUCACCAGACGGCAUGGUGCAAGACUUGACAAACCUGUUCGAAGCUGCUGGAGGGUAUGCCAAUGGAUUCGGAGGUGGAUUCGGGGCAGGAGUGCAUCAGUUGGACCCGAGUGGAUUUGGUGGGGAAGAUGAGUUGAGCAGAAUCUUGAGGGAUUUAUUCUGACGAAGGAAUGGACGGAUGGGUUGCUACAUAGGCAAAGAACAAGACCAGACGAAUGAAGACGAAUUGCUGACCAGUAGGCAUGAUAUGUACGAGUAGAUGAGUUGAUGGUCAAUAGGAUUGAGUUGAAGAUGGCGUCCACGUGAUGCGGCUCUGCGGAACAGGGCAUCAAGUGGCAGGGCUUGGCGACUGGCUUGUCGGGAAACAUCCCACUUGGAUAGCAAAACAGCUGUAUACAAGGCUGUGACGAGUGUCUGC